AUGAAUAUAUCUAAUAUUGCAUCAUCUGGAAUGUUUAUUAAUCUUUGGUGUAUCAUUUGUGAAAAUCGUUCUAUUUUCAAAAUUACUAUUAAAACAGGCAACGAUCUUAUUGACCUUAGAAAAGUCAUCAAGAAUGAAAAACCAAAUUAUUUUGCUAAUGUUGAUGCUGACAAACUAAUUCUAUGGAGAACCAAUAUUGCUUCGAAUAUACUUAGAAAUAAAGAAACUGCUAUUAAACCUAACUUAAACAAAAAAUUAGAAGAUACAACCGAUACAGUUGGAAAUAUAUUUCAAAACAUUGUAGGAAAUAAUAUUCAAGUUAUUGUUGAUGUUUCCAUUACUAGUGAGAAAUAA